CAUGGACUUGAAGAAAAAGUUAUUUAUAGCUCAUUGGCUAAAAGACGAGUGGUGUUGUUCACACGUUGCCACGAUGGUUGCUAAUGAGAGCAGUUGAUAAGUUCUAUAUCAUCCAUAAAUCCAGGUUGAUCCAGAUCUGUGUUGGGUUUCUUCAUCAUGAUAACUCCCGCGUUUGAGUUGAGUCAGGACCCAGAUUUCCUUAUCCUCACCAUACGUGUGCCCUAUACUAGAACAUCAGAGUUUGAUCUCUACAUCGAUGGAAAUUAUUUCAAAUUCUAUGCCAAACCGUACUUCCUCAGACUGACCUUGCCUGGAAAAAUAGUGGAGGAUGGGAGGGAAAAGGCGUCUUUCGACAUUGACAAAGGUCUCUUUACCCUGCAAGUCCCGAAGGAGACUGCGGGGCAGCACUUUGAAGGGCUCCAGAUGCUGACCAGUCUCCUGGCUCCCAAAGGCUCCCGCUCUGCCAAGCCUCUAGUGGAAGACAUGGAGGCAUGCGUUGGGAGUGUAGACGGUGAGGAAGAGGAGGACGAGGAUGAGGACUGGCAGGUUGAGCAGGAGGUGUACACAGAGACAUCAGAGGAGCAGCUGAAGGAACUGCAGAAGUACGGCUUUGGGAAUCAGAGGUCCGGUGUGUUCACUAGACUGCAGGAUGAGCUGAGUGACGUGAUCGAUGUCCGAAACCCAGACACUACCACAGCGUCAGACAGGCGGCGGGAACGACUGGCUACUGAAACAACCAUAUUCUGCCAUGACCAUUACCUUGCUGACCUAUUUGAUGACCAAGAGAUCCAGGGCCUGUUGAAGUUCUGCCCUUGGUGGGUUGGUCGGAGCCCAGAGUCCUUUCAGCAGGGAGAGGAAGCCUUGUCCUUCACUGAUGAUGAAAAGGAGCAGCUGAGGAAGUUCACCAACCGUUCAUAUUUCCUGGACAAGAAGGCGCGUUUCCAGGUGUGGCUCGGCCUGGUCGAUGUCAUCCUGGCAUACUGUUAUGAAGUGCGCUCUACGGAGGGAGAACACAAUGUUGAAUCACCAUGGACCAUCAGAAAACUCAGUGGCACACUCUGCUGGCUUGAGACAUACAGCUCAUUGCAGGAGGUCCUGGUGGCCUUUGGGCGGAGGGUGUUGUGUUACCCACUCUACAGGCACUUUGUCCUGGUCACUGCAGCCAUGCAGGAUGCGGCCCAGAUCUUCCAGUCAGGGAAAGCCGGCGUCCUGAAGUGCCUGUUGGAUAUUCACAAGGUCUUCCGGGAGAACGAGCCGGCCUAUAUACUGAACGACCUCUACAUCACGGAUUACUGUGUGUGGAUCCAGAGGGUCAAGUCCAAGAAGGUGACGGCACUGAGCGAUACCCUGCUGAAAGCUCCCCUUCGGAAAAGAGACCUGGAGCUGGACUUGGAGGCACUGGAGGCGGCAGCAGCACUGGUGGAGGAGGAGGAGGGAGGGAAAGGCACACGCAAAACUCCUCAGUCGCCAAGAGAAGAGGAGUCUGACAGCGCUGACAGCGGCAGCGACUCCUCGGAAGAGAGUGAGGACUCGGAGGCUGAAGGGCAGGACUGUGCUGACAGAACGGUGGAAGGAGGAGGACAGCGUGCCAGCCCCAUCCAGCCCACCCCUCCCUCCCCCCAGUCCCCAGGCAAGGGGAAGCCCGGCCCCCCCUCUUCCGCCGCUCCUGGUCCAUGCCAGCUGAUCCAGGAACUGGGAGAGCGGGUGGAGGAGGGGUUGUGGAUCUCUGCACAGCCCCAGGGCAACAGGCAUUCCAGGAGCUGCGACCUGGGAGAGGCAGAGAGAGGCUGUUCACGCCCCAGGACGACCAUGGCCACUGACCACAUAGGGUCCUUCCUGGAGCUGAGCCCCCGCAGAAACCCUCUGCUGAUCGUCCAAACGGAUACCGGGGAUGAUCUUGACGAGGACGAUGUUGAGGCAGACUAGUAGCAGAUGGACAAAUGUUUAACAUUACAUACCACCGGGAUGCUGACGCUUCAUCGCCCCCAAUCAACGGUGUCUUCUGUACAUUUAUUUUAGUAUUUUCUAACUAUGUUUAAACAAAUGUUUGUUUUUUUCCUGUUUAGAUAAUAAAGUGACUGUAUGUUGUUUA